AUGGCUGACCCUCAAUCAUCCCCACCACCUGAAGGUACCGGACCAUCUAAGAAUGAGUUGAAGCGGCAGGAGAAAGCCAAAAAAGCGGCGGAGAAAGCUGCGCUCAAGGCAGCCAAAGACGAAGAGGCCGCUGCUCAGAAAGCUGCUACUGAAGUCGAUUUUGCUGCUCAAUUCUAUGGCCCAUCUCCCCUGCAUCAGUCUCAAACGCGAACAGGAGAAAAACGCGUUCAGAUCUCUAGCUUAUCUGACUUGGACGGUGAAUCGGUCAUAUUCCGUGCGCGCGUCCAAACUUCAAGAGCUCAAGGCAACAAAAUGGUCUUCUUGAACCUUCGCCAGCGGACCGAUUCCGUUCAAGCAUUGGUUAUUGUUACUCCAGAAAAGAUUUCCAAGCAAAUGGUCAAGUGGAGUGCAGGCAUUGCUGAUGAGAGUAUCGUUUUGGUCCACGGUGUCGUCAAAAAAACAAGCACACCAAUCAAUAGCACCAGUGUUCAGGAUGUCGAAGUCCAUGUUUCUCAGCUUUUCCUGAUCUCUGGGAUUGAUGGUCGGCUUCCCUUCUCGCUAGAGGAUGCUUCCCGUCCAGACAGUGAAGAAACGGCUGCUGAGGCUGAUGCUGAAGGAAGACAGUUCAGCCGUGUUCUACUGGAGACGCGCCUCAACAAUCGUGUCGUCGAUCUUCGAACACCUGUGAACCAAGCAGUUUUUAAACUGCAAGCGGCGAUUGGCGACCUUUUCCGCGAGUUCUUAAGUGGUCGUGGUUUCACUGAAAUCCACUCGCCCAAGCUACAAGGUGCUGCAACUGAGUCCGGCGCAUCAGUCUUCAAAGUUAGUUACUUCAAGGGAAGCGCUUUCCUUGCCCAAUCACCCCAGCUCGCAAAGCAAAUGGCCAUUGCGGCUGACUUUGAACGUGUCUACGAAAUCGGGCCAGUAUUUCGAGCAGAGGACUCUAACACACACCGCCACAUGACUGAAUUCAUGGGCCUUGAUCUGGAAAUGACUAUUGAAGAGCACUACCAUGAAGUUAUGGAGCUUCUCGAUGACUUAUUCCUCACCAUGUUCCGGGGUUUGCGCGGAAAAUUCAGUCAAGAGAUCGCGACAGUUGGAAAGCAGUUUCCUGCUGAAGAAUUCACGUGGAGAGAAAAAGAACAAGGCGGCACACUCAAAUUAACUUUCCGUGAAGCAAUUGACUUGCUUGUGGAGGAUGGUGUGUCCCGAGAAGUAUUAGAUGACAUCAAUACGGAGAACGAGAAACGACUAGGGCGUAUCGUGAAAGCCAAGUAUCAGACUGACUACUUUAUCAUCGACAAGUUCCCGCUUGCCCUGCGACCAUUCUACACAAUGCCCGACCCCGAAGACCCGACACUUUCCAACUCGUACGACUUCUUCAUGCGCGGGGAAGAGAUUCUUUCCGGAGCCCAGCGGAUCCACGAUCCAGCAUUCCUCAUGGAGAAGAUGCGAAGUAAAGGCGUCGACCCUGACUCAAUGAAACCCUACGUUGACGCUUUCCGGAUGGGUUGUGCACCACACGGUGGAGGCGGAAUCGGUUUGGAGCGAGUGUUGAUGCUAUUCCUGAAGCUAAACAACAUUCGUCGGGCUUCCUUAUUCCCUCGCGACCCGAAACGCCUCGACCCAUGA